GGAUGUCCUUGAAUGCGGUGGAAAUCGUCAACGUUUCUUCGCAGCGUUGUUCAUUUGCGCCAUUUUGUCAGCAAGCUGUGGUGAUUGGGUUUUUCCGUCCUGAACUGGAGCCAAUCAGAAGGGAACCGGACAGCUGAGAAACGAUCGGUGAAACAAGUGAAGGAAAUGGAGCAGUACACCUCCACCAGCGGUGGGGAGCAGAUAGUCGUACAAACAGCAAAUGGACAGAUCCAGCAGCAAGCACAGGGCACAGUCACAGCUGUACAGCUGCAGACCGAAGCUCCUGUCGCUACAGCAGCCGGUCAGCAAGUGCAGACGCUCCAGGUAGUCCAAGGCCAACCGCUUAUGGUGCAGGUGAGUGGAGGUCAGCUGAUCACCUCCUCAGGGCAGCCUAUAAUGGUACAGGCCAUGUCUGGCGGGCAGGGCCAGACCAUUAUGCAGGUGCCUGUGUCUGGAGCUCAGGGCUUGCAGCAGAUCCAGUUGGUGCAGCCGGGGCAGAUCCAGCUGCAGGGUGGGCAGACGCUGCAGCUGCAGGGGCAGCAGGGUCAAGCCCAACAAAUAAUUAUUCAGCAGCCCCAGACUGCCAUUACUGCUGGACAGAACCAGGGCCAGCAGAUUACAGUCCAGGGCCAACAAGUUGCUCAGACUGCUGAAGGCCAGACCAUUGUAUACCAGCCUGUGAAUGCAGAUGGCACUGUGCUACAACAGGGAAUGAUCACAAUCCCUGCAGGCACACUGUCUGGCACACAGAUCGUUCAGGCAGCAGGGGGCGCCAACACUUCUACCGCCAACAGUGGCCAAGGCACAGUCACGGUCACGCUGCCAGUGUCUGGCAAUAUGGUCAGUGCAGGAGGGAUGGUCAUGAUGGUGCCUGGUGGAGGAAGCACGAUACCAACCAUCCAACGAAUUCCUCUUCCUGGUGCUGAGAUGCUGGAGGAGGAGCCACUCUAUGUCAAUGCCAAACAGUACCACCGCAUCUUGAAACGAAGACAAGCUCGUGCUAAACUGGAGGCUGAGGGCAAGAUUCCUAAAGAGAGGAGGAAAUACCUACAUGAGUCACGGCACAGGCACGCCAUGCAGCGAAAGCGUGGCGAUGGUGGCCGCUUCUUUUCACCAAAGGAAAAGGAAGAAAUGGCUCUAGCCAUGCAGGUGAGACCACAGGAACAGGCCGGAAUCAAACAGGAAGACUUCCACAGGGCCACAGAAAUCUCAAGCUCACACUGGCUGCCUGCUUAGCUCUUGCUUAGAUGCUGUUCUCUGCUCUAGUUGGCUGCUGAACGCUCAUCCUACCUUGCUUAUGCAAACAUUACCAGCGCUGAUUCCGCCUUCAUCCUACUUGCUUAGGCAAAGCGUGGCUUUUUGUGAGUGCUUUUCACAGGUGCAUUUGUGGUGCUGGGUUUUUAUUUCUAAAAUGGUGCUUCAUCAAGCAAUUGGACAAUCCGACUGCAAGCCAAAGUUGCUAAGCUAAGGUCAGGAGAGCUUUUUGUACAUUCUGAUAAAACAAUUCUAGUCAGCUCUUUAACAGCCAAGGGCACACAGUCCACUUUAUCACAACACAUCAUUCUUUAUGUCUGUGCUUUUUAAUAUAGUGUACAAUUACAGAGACAUGAUUCUGUUCAAACGUAUGUGUAGGGGGAAAACUUUUCAUAUAAAAAAAAUGUUAUGUUCUAUAGAAUGUAAAAUAAAUUUUGCAUAAAGAAUGCUUACAGAGCUGGUUUGUAUCGAAGCAACUGGGUUUGUUACCUUUUUAUAAUAAAAACGGUUACGUUUAAAAGCACAAUAAGAGAUUUCGGUUGCACAGUAUUUACCAUACAGAAUCUGUAAAAGACUUUCUGCCUGUCUGAUUUAUCCAUCACAUACUGCAGUAUUCUGUUAAUUUUCUUUUUCAUUCCCUGUUUCUUUUUUUAAUUGUUUUUCACCCUCCUUAUUUGUUGCCAUGUGUUGUGAUUUUAUCUUUUUUUUUAUUUUUUUUUUUUUUAAUAAAUUACUCAGAACAGUAAAUUGUUCAACAGUUGCACCCAAUACUUUAUCAGCUCCAUAUAAAACAUUACUUUUUCCUUUUGCAUUGUUACAUUAUUUGUUUUCCUAUUAUAUCAUUCUUUCAUGUUCUGGUUAAAGAUGACCAUAUAAACAUGAUAAAGAUUGAUUUUAUCAACUACUGGCUAUAAAAAUGUUCAUUCUUGGAUCAAAAUCUCAAAUAAUAUAAAGAUGUACUUUUCUCUCUGUGAACAUGAGUAAAUAUAGACUAAAACAUUUAGUUUAUUAUUAUGCUGUGUAAUUGUUUAGUCUGUGUGCUUACCUCACUUCCUGCACACCCGUGUGUUCAUAUAAACUGGUUCAAGUUAAAUAGUAAAGAAACUAAUGCUGACUCGAGUGUGUUUGUGUGA